ACCCUCUUUCACUGCAGAAGGAAAAACAAAAUGGCGGAGAAAAGCGAGACAAUGAACAGCAAUCUAUUUUCUUCAAUAAUAUCUGAAAUCAAAUCUUAUUCCGGAAAAGACCCUCUUCUCCCUUGGCUGCGAGGGAUAAAGAAAAUAAAAGAUUCAUUACCACCCCAGAUCUUAGCGGAGAAGCUACCUAGGUUUUUACAAAAAUGUACCCAAACAUUCGAAGCCGACCGCCGGUACCACGACGAUUUACGCUAUCUCCGGGUUUGGUUACAAUUGAUGGACUUUAUGGAUGAUCCAAGGUUGCUGUUAAGAAGAAUGGAGAUGAACCAAAUAGGGACAAAGCGUUCAUUGUUCUACCAAGCAUAUGCACUUUACUAUGAGAAGAUCAAGAAAUUUGAUGAAGCUGAAAAAAUGUACCAUUUGGGUGUUCAAAACCUUGCAGAGCCAGUUGAUGAGUUGCAAAAAUCAUAUGAGCAGUUCCUGAAUCGUAUGGAGAGGCAUAAGAAGAAGAAAAUCCAGCGUCAGGAACAAAAAAUUGCUAGAAAGCCUCUCCAAUGCACCGAGUUUAAAGAAAACAGUGAAGCCGUACGCAUGGUUGAAGAUAGCCAUAAGAGGUCUUCAGCAUUACAUACUGGUAAAAAAGUGGAGAGCAAGAAGGGGAGAGCUUUGAUGGAAAGAGUGUUGGAUGAACCCAGGAAGGUUGGGAAUGAUGAUACGGUUGUUGUGAAGUUUGUUGAUACUGCCAUUGUUGGUAAAUCUGAAGCUGAAGAUGCCUGCCAUCAUGGACUAGUAGAUCCUACAAUAAACAUGAAGGAAGCAAUGAAUGCAAUUAAUAGCAUGUUUCGAGAACCUAUAGAGACGGCUCCUAUCGGGAGGAGAUCAUCCCAGAGACAACUGAAAGAAGAUUGUAGUUUGGACAUAGGAUUUAAGGUGUUUGAUGAAAAUUUGGAUAGUGGGAUCAACUCAUCAAUUCAACAUCAAGAAAAGGGGCUGCAGGGUAAAGCUCAGAUCUGUCGGCCUCAGGAGGAAUCAUUUCAAAUAUAUAUUGAUGAUGAUGAAGGAAAUAGUGAGGCUGGAGAGGGAAAUGAUGAGAUAGAUAACUUAGAACAUAUUGAGGUUCAAAAUUCAGGAAGAGUUUGUAAUGUCUUUGUGUUUCCAAAUCCUAAUGAUCUUUCUCCUGAAAGGUCAGAUGAUAUUGGUGCAAAAAGUUCACGUCGACCAAAGAUCCAAGAGGAUACGGUGGUUCACAGGUUUGUUGGUUCGACCAUUUCAGAUGAGCCAGUGGUAGAAAAUGUUUGCCACCAUGGCCUAGUUGACCCAACAAUUAACUUGAAGGAGGCUAUGCAAGACAUCAAUAACAUGUUUGGAAAGCCAAUAGAUUUUGUAAGGGCAAAGAGAAAGAAGCAAGACAAAGCACCAGUUAAGCAACAAGAUCUUGGUGGGUUUUCUAUACUUCCUGAUGAUGAUUUGGAACAUCAGAAACCUCAGUCCCCUUCUAAAUCAUCUGGCAAGUUAAGUGAUUGUGAUUUAUUUGAGCCUACUAUGUUUACAAAAGAAGCAAUGGAUGAUAUAAACAAGAUGUUUGGAAUGCCAUUGGGCUUCUAGGAGAAAGAAAAUUGCUUGUUUUUGGUUGUUGGAGAGAUAAAGUUUGGAUGUAUUGCUGUGGUGAAGUUUUUGUGUUCAUCCUGACUUGGGAUAUAUAUUUGAAUGUAACAACCUUGGAGUAGUGAACUGGCUACUAAGGUUGCAUAUGUAUUGUUGAUCGACUUGAGUUUGUGGGUUUGAGAGGGCUUAGGCAAAUAGCGUGUCCUCAGAUGAAGUUAAUUAGAUAGGGGUUCAAGGAAGGGUUAUGGUUAAAAAAACAGAAGAGUAGAUGGAAUUUUCAUCUUGUUUUAUCAUGUGACAAUUUGACAUGUAAUGCAUUGUAUGCCUUUUGCUAUUUACUUUGAUCUUUGUUGGAGCUCAACAUCAUAUAAAUAAAUAAUAAUGCUAGAGAUUAAUGGCAUAA